GAACCGGAAGUUCCGCCAUCUCCUUGUAUCAUUCGAGCUACAACAGGGUCAGUAUAGACUUAAUUUAGAUGUUAAGUAUGGUAUAUUGUCAACAGUUAUUAAAUAUUAUAAGUAAUAUUGACAGAGUGAACGUUCCAUAACCAUCAGUUUUAUGUUAAGGAUGGUGGUGUCACUCGAUCAGAUCAUAAAUACCACUCCUAUUCUGUUGCCACUUGAACUGCUAGCAACAGGGUUCAACGUUAUCUCAUCUGUUUUAUGCCGUUGGCUACUUCAGCUACCUAGCUAGGUAAAUAGCAAUGAUUCAUUCAGUGUCGUGACAGGAAUACCUAUAUUUAGUUAGUCGGGUUUCUCUUUCACGCUUUCCCCUUAACCCCCAACACAACUGUAAAACGUUAAAAUUGUUCGUAACUGAGAAAGCCAAGGAGAAGGGGAGUUAACGAUUUUCCGUGGAAACCGACAGCCAGACGGUUGCCAGUUGCCAUGUCGACCUCAUCGCUACGGCGACAAGUGAAGAACAUUGUCCACAACUUCUCGGAGGCAGAGAUCAAGGUGCGGGAAGCGACGUCCAAUGACCCAUGGGGCCCCAGCAGCUCUCUGAUGUCAGAGAUUGCAGACCUGACCUACAACGUAGUGGCCUUCUCUGAGAUCAUGAGCAUGGUGUGGAAACGACUCAACGACCACGGCAAGAACUGGAGACACGUCUACAAGGCUAUGACUCUCAUGGAGUACCUCAUAAAGACGGGUUCAGAGCGCGUGGCUCAGCAGUGCAGAGAGAACAUCUACGCUGUCCAGACUCUCAAGGACUUCCAGUUCAUCGACAGAGACGGCAAGGACCAGGGGGUGAAUGUGCGGGAGAAGGCCAAACAGCUGGUGACACUGCUGAAGGACGAGGAGAGACUACGAGAGGAGAGGAUCCAUGCCCUCAAGACCAAAGAGAAAAUGGCACAGACCACCAGUGCCUCUUCGGCCCCCUCAGCUCCAGGUCUGGGGGGUGGAGCGCUGUCUCAGGGCUCUCACUCUGGAGGGGCGGACCCAGAGCAGGCGUGGCCACAGAGCUCCGGGGAGGAGGACCUGCAACUGCAGCUGGCCCUGGCCAUGAGCAAGGAGGAGGCGGAACAGACUACUGUGGCCCCUCUGGAGGACGCAGAGCUCCGCUAUGCACUCACACUCAGCAAGGAAGUACAAGAACAGGAGGAGAGGCUGCGCAGGGGGGACGACCUGAGACUGCAGAUGGCCAUCGAGGAGAGCAGGAUGGAGAAGGCCAAGCCAGAGGAGAGUGCGUUAAUGGAGCUGAGUGCUGUGGACCCCUGGGGGGCUCCUGCUGCUGCCUCUGGGGGCUCUGCCGGCCCCUCACCCCCUCCCACAGUCCCCCUCCCAGCCCCCUCUGCCUCUGGCCCCUGGGGCCUGACCCCUGCAGACCCUUGGGGAGCCUCGUCGCCUGCCUCACCCCCCAGCGUAGACCCGUGGGCUAGUGGAGGGACGGCCCCCCCAACGAUAGCCCCCCCGCCAGACCCCUGGGGAGAGACAGCCUCCUCAAGAGUCAACUCCGUUGACCCCUGGGGACCCUCAGCUGUGACCCCCCCCAGUGUCGACCCCUGGGGCCCCUCUGUGCCCCUCUCCACCACCUCCUCUUUUGGGGGGCCAAUAGACCCCUGGGCUGGGGACGGGGUUGACCCCAUCAUCACCUCUGACCCAUGGAGCGACUCCGCCAAACACACUAAUGGCACAGGACACCCAGAACUGCGAGGUCAGUUAACGGGCGAUAGUGCGGGUUCUCCGGUGCCCUUUGACCUCACAUCUCUGUGCUCUUCACUUCCUGUCCGUAAGACCCCCGAGUCGUUCCUGGGGCCCAACGCAUCUCUGGUGGACCUGGACUCACUGGUGUCUUCUAAACCCAAACCUAAACAACCUCCUCCUCCAUCAAUCUCCUCCUCAACACACAACCCCUUCCUCCAGACUACAGCCUCGUCUUCAGCCCCUGGCAUGGCAGUCACCCCGGGCAGCACAAUCUCCAGCAGGGGGGUUUCCCCGACGCCACCCCCCACCUCCAACCCGUUUGGAGCGGCCGCCCCCAUGUCCUCCAUCUCCCCACAGCCCUCCACACUGGGCCUCAGCAGCCUCCGCACCAGCCCUGUACCACCCAACCCCAUGGCAUACCCUGGCAUGGGCUUGGGGCCUAUGGGUAUGGGAGCACCAGGCCUGGGGAUGGGUAUGAUGCAGAGCCCCAUGGGAAUGUCCCCCUACGGCGGGCUCUCGCCCAUGGGUCCUCCUGGGUCCUCUCACUUCAUGGGGCCCGGAGGGACCCUGCCCCCACAGCUGAAUUUUGGGGGGCCUACGGGGGCAGCUGGAGUGAUGGGAGCCGGGGGAGCAGUGGGAGGGGCCGGAGUGACGGGCGCCAGCACCAAUCCCUUUCUUCUUUGAGGGCGUUUCGGCACUCCCCGUUCCUCUUCAACACCCAAUCCAGGCCCUGCCCCACCCCCUGGCUCAUCUACUGCCCCCCCUUUCCCCCCCAGAGCGAUCCUCCUUCAACACAAACAAUUUAUGUUUCCAAUAAGAAACGUGUGUACAUCUCUAUAUUUAAAGAAAAUCUGAAUUUGUUAUUUUCUUUCAGAAGCAUUUCCAUGUAUUUUUCUCCUAGCUCAGAUGAAUUUACAUGUAUUUAUCUCCUAGCUCAGAUGAAUUUCCAUGUAUUUUUCUCCUAGCUCAGAUGAAUAUACAUGUAUUUUUCUCCUAGCUCAGAUGAAUUUACAUGUAUUUUUCUCCUAGCUCAGAUGAAUUUCCAUGUAUUUUUCUCCUAGCUCAGAUGAAUUUACAUGUAUUUAUCUCCUAGCUCAGAUGAAUUUACAUGUAUUUUUCUCCUAGCUCAGAUGAAUUUCCAUGUAUUUAUCUCCUAGCUCAGAUGAAUAUACAUGUAUUUUUCUCCUAGCUCAGAUUAAUUUACAUGUAUUUUUCUCCUAGCUCAGAUGAAUUUACAUGUAUUUAUCUCCUAGCUCAGAUGAAUAUACAUGUAUUUUUCUCCUAGCUCAGAUUAAUUUACAUGUAUUUUUCUCCUAGCUCAGAUGAAUUUACAUGUAUUUAUCUCCUAGCUCAGAUGAAUAUACAUGUAUUUUUCUCCUAGCUCAGAUGAAUUUACAUGUAUUUAUCUCCUAGCUCAGAUGAAUAUACAUGUAUUUUUCUCCUAGCUCAGAUUAAUUUACAUGUAUUUAUCUCCUAGCUCAGAUGAAUAUACAUGUAUUUUUCUCCUAGCUCAGAUGAAUUUACAUGUAUUUUUCUCCUAGCUCAGAUGAAUUUCCAUGUAUUUUUCUCCUAGCUCAGAUGAAUAUACAUGUAUUUUUCUCCUAGCUCAGAUGAAUUUCCAUGUAUUUAUCUCCUAGCUCAGAUGAAUAUACAUGUAUUUUUCUCCUAGCUCAGAUUAAUUUACAUGUAUUUUUCUCCUAGCUCAGAUGAAUUCCAACAACAAAUAUUUUGGUUCCUUUCAUUUCAGUGGGAUGUAGCGGGAGGGAAAUAGACGUUUAUUUAUUUUUAUUUUGUUUUAAUGCGUUUUGCUCUCUUUCAGUCCUUUCUGAAAUAAAGGUGGGUGUUUGAGAGUUAGGCUUCAUCAGUUAUGUCACACUGAUAUAAUAUUGCAUUAUUGCACUGACAGAGAUGGGGAGAGAGAUGGGACAUGGCCACUAACAAACUGAAACACAAACAAAUUCCUGUACUUGCCUCUUCCUUUCUUUGUCUGAAAAGAGGAGGAUUGAAGGAGGAUUUGAUUAAAAAAAACAACUCCUGAACAAGAUUUGGACUGAAAAAGCUGGCAUUAACAUUUCAGCCACAAUAUAGUCAAAUCAUUCAAUAGCUGUUCUAUUUUUUAAUUCAUGUCAUUUAUUUCAAUUUUUUUCCGCUCCUGGGAAUGAAUAAACAAGGAGGGAAAAUUACGCAAUUAUGCCAUUAAAUCAAAUGCUUAUUUUUUCUUGUCAUGGAAAUCAAGAGGGCAUCUAUUGACUUGGUUGAGGAGAGCUGGAAUGUGUUUUGUAAAUGUGUUGUGUGGAAGAGUGUGUGUGUGUGUCUGUCUCCAUUCAUCCUGCGUCCUCGCUUAUUUCAGCAAGAUACAAAUCUAUUAUUUUUGUUUUUAAAAAUUGUCACUUGUAUCAAUGCUAUGUAAUGUUGGGAUUUCAAAUGAGGUAUUAUAAGGAUCACAUUUUUCUGCCAAUUUUAUUUCACAAAUGUUUUGUAUUAAUCAGAAGCAUUAGUCUUUCUCACUCUUUCAUACAGGAUGUCUCGUCUCCAGGUGUCUCGUCUCCAGGUGUCUCAACAUGACUGGACCCUCUCCUUUCUGACCCUCGCUCCUACGGGGGGAGAGCUACAGAUGCUUCUUUUAAAAAGACAAUUCAAUGAAUGAACGAACUUAAACAACAGGGAACUUGAUGACAUGCUCCAUGCUGUUUCUUUUCAUUUAGUUUGAUGAAUUGAUUGUUAUUUUAUAUCAACUAAAAGAUCUCUUUUAUUGGGUAAGGUCACAUUUUGUGUGGUGUUAACUGUGAACAUUCACAUUUGAGAAGUAAAAUUUAAAAAAAGAAAUAAAAUAAAUCCACAAA